UUAACGGAGGGGGAGGAGGGAGGAGGGAGUGAACACGGGGACGGGCUACUGGAUUACAGGGUCAGCAGCAGUGUCUUGGUUACUGGGCAGCGAGGAAGGUCUGGAGACUUCUCAGUUAGCAGGGUGGGAGAAGCUAGUGGGGUCUAGAGUCUGCUCAUUUGUCUUGGAAGAGAGUGGCUGGGGAUCUGGGCACUGGUCAGUGCAGUUAAGGCCAGAAGGUGGAUUGAGCAUCGGAUAUUGGAAGGACAAUGAGCUCUCCGCUGUCAUCUCUGGGAAAGCUGAGGAAAGUCUCGCUGCACCUGCCGGAGCUGCAGGGUCGCGGCAAACAAGUUGUCUGCUUUGAAGAGAACUAUACAGAUGAUGAGGCUGCCUUACUGAGUGAAAUCCUACCUCUAUCAUGGGCACACAGCCCAAUAUCGUCCAAUCACUCUCCACCAACAAAGUCAAAGGCAAAUGGCUUUAGUCCUGGUGACAAUGAACUCAUGUCUACAAUGAUGAAGCGGCUAACCAAAAUGGAGCAGCGCGUCCAAAGCCAAGCACUGGAGAUCAGCAGGAAGAAUCAGCAAAUAGCUGUAUUGGAAGAAAAGCUGAGUGUGCUCCAACUAUCUAACAAAAUAGCAGAUGAGCCCAAGAGACAGCAGGAGCUGGCAAGAUACCUCCAGCUACAGAAUCAAGUGUGGGAAAUGGAAAAGUUCCUGAACGAUUACGGGAUGAUCUGGGUCGGUGCCAAGGAGGAUGAAGCCAGUAAUGUUUAUCUAAAGGAAGAAGAGGAAUCUAGAGUGAACCCUGCUGCCAGUGGGCCAGUUCUGUACCCAGACGUCAGUGACCAUAAUGGUGCAGCCAGGGAGAGCAGCCAGCAUCAGCCACAGCAAUCUUGCGUGACUGAGUCCGGUGAAAGUGAUGCCACGACAAAAUAUUCUCAAAUAAAUUUUGAUUUGGUUCAACAAAAUAUCAAAGAUCUGAAUAUUCUGGCUGGUGAAGGGGAAGCUGCUGUUGAGCACGUCACAGGAGGAGCUCGGCUAAAGAGACCAGAUCCCAUACCCCUCACUCUCUUCCAAAAUGGGAUAGUGAUGUUUAAUGGUCCAUUCAGAUCAUUCAGCCAGCCUUCAACACAGCGUUGUAUGCAGGAUAUCAUGGAUGGAUAUUUCCCUUCAGAACUGCAGAUCAGAUUUCCAAAUGGAAUUCCAAUCAAGGUGACUGAUAAACGGGAUGUGAUCUUCAGGGAUAGACGAGAACGUGUGGAAUUCCCUGGUGUGGGACACAAAGUAGAUGGAUAUCCUGGUUACACAGGCUCCAAAGUGCCAGAUUUUGAGUUUGUGAAGGAGACGAGUGAAGUUUCAGGUCAGCAGCUCUCAGUGGAGCAAUUUCUGAACAAACUACCCAAAUCGGUCAUCCGCUCUGGGAAGGUGUUUGACAUCAGGGGAGAGAUCAAAGCCCUGCUGCAGGUGCCUCCCAAAGCAGCAGAUGAAAGCAUAACACUGAUCGAAACUCCAUGUCUACUGGCACUGAAGGAGAGGCUGGAGGUCCAAGAGGAAAUUGCCCCAACGUCGAGGAACAUCGCCACCCUCAGGAUCAAAUCAGAGAGCGGAGAGACCACAUACAUCGUGAAAAUGUUUUUCUCAGAGACUAUUGGAGAUCUUCGUACUCAGCUGGACCAGAGCAGGGGAGAACAGCAGGUUGAUUACGACAUUAUCAGCACCUUCCCCCAGAAGGUCUACAGUGACCAGAGCAAGACGCUGAAGGAAUGUGGACUCGUCCCAAACGCCACCCUCAUCCUACGACCACAGCGGCCCCAGGUCCUUGGACAACAGCAAGAAAUGGUCACUCUUUGCAACGAACAAAUCUCUCGGAACGAAGGCCUCCUGCCGAGACAUGGAUGAUUAAAACCAAGUUGAUAGAAGAAGCCUGCAGUCCACCCACUAAUACUGAGAGUGAGUCACAGCAACUGUGUCCGAUGGGUGUGGCUCUGGAGAAUCAUCAAAAUAUGUUAUCAAAUGUCUACUGUAAAAUUAGAAAGUACUGUGUUAUUUUACCCUACUAAAUAGCUAUGCAGAGAAUGGCUCCGUUUAUAAAGGAAUAAUUUUAAUUGUCCAAACUAGCCAUUCACUUGAUUAAAUGCCAUGAUAGUUCUGUGAUAGUUCAGGUGAGGAUCCCUUAACCCGAUCUCUCAACAAAAUCGGACACAAAGUCGGAAAGCCGAAUGCUAAGUUAAUGAAAUCUUCAACUGGUAAACUGGGUUAGAUAUGGUCUACCUUCUGGCAGUUUGAAUGUCCUGAUUCCUCCUCACUCUUCAAAGCCACUAACGGAUUAAACCUGCCUGCUGUUCCUCUUUAAACGUAACAGGUAUCAGGCAUUUGAUUGAAAUAAAUGAUGUGUGUUCGUUAACUGUGACUAAAACAUACACGAUGGAUAUUAUCCAAAAUUGUAAAAAAUAAAAAUAAAAGUGAAAAGAAAA